AUGGCCAACCCGACUACUUAUGAAAUUACUAUUCAAAACGAGAGCGGGAGCUCUCAUGCCUACUGUCUCUUCGCCGAGACACCCCAGGUGUCCAACUCCUCAAGUGUUUAUCAAAACAUCUGGAUGGCUGCUCCCUCGAUUGUUUCGCGGACUGAUGGGUCCAGUCAAAUGAGGUUCACUAUAAAUAUUCAGUACUACGCCAUCUGCGGUACUUCUGACCAGCCACUUGGUUCCAAUGUGGCUAUUGCCACUAGUGAUUACGAGAAAAUUCAGUUGGGCACAGAAGACCAACAAGGAACAACCCUUAACUUUACAACUAUCGGCGGGGCUAACUUCGUGGAGCCACUGCCAACUCCAACUGGCCCUAAUGGUGGAUUUACUAUUCAGGCAGACAGGAGCUGGUCUGAACCUGACUCAAACAAUACAUUUAUCGGCUUAGGCGCGCAAGACAUGCAUGGAAAUGUGGUCCCUGUUGCAACCGUGCCUGCUUUCCCAGGAAUUACCUACAAUAUGUUCCCGGUGGUGAAAUUCUACGUCUCCUAUGGGACCUUCGUGGAGGGUCAGAUCCUCGACGUAGAAGAACUUGGCCCACAAUUGGAGGUUGACUUUACUGAGGCUGCGUAUGACGCGGUCACCUUCAUCCACAAUAACCAGGAUGAAUAUCAGCAAGUGGCGCCAUCCGAGGCCAGAAAAGUCAAGCUACAGUCACUGGCUGCAAGAAAGGCUGCCUUCCUCGGGGAGUCAGAGGCUCCAGCUGUAGGAAAAGUGCGAGGACAAAAUCAUACCCUAAACGGUCUAAUGAAGGAAGACCGGCUGGCUAAGGAACUGCAGAGAACUUUGACUAAGAUGGUACGCAGUGCAAAUUGCGUUGCUUGA